CUCUAUGGGUUAUAUUAUCAGCUUUGAAUAUUAAUAAAAAUGUUAAAACCUAAAGCACUAAUUGAGGUGCUUAGUCAAGCCAACACAGGUGGUGUAGAAAUAACAUUAUUACUUAAUCUUGAGGGUACCCUUUUAGCUUAUAGCGGUUAUGGAGACAAAGAUGUACAAGUCACAGCCGCUAUAGCUAGCAAUAUAUGGUCUACAUAUGAAAAAAAUGGGAGGAACGCAUUCAGAGAAAAUCACCCAGAAUUAAUUCUAAUGGAAUGUGCAGAAGGCAGGGUUGCUAUAACACAAGUUGCUAAUUUACUCUUAUGCCUAUAUGCAAAGAAUAAUGUUGGAUUUGGAAUGCUGAAACAAAAGGCAGAGGCCUUAGUUGAUUACUUAGAUGGACCUCUGAAAAAAAUUGCAACAGCUUAAUUAUUCCUUGUACUAAUUAUUUUGUAUAUAAGAUGUAAUACAGGUUUACCUGAAAUUUUAUUAUAUCAAAAAUUUCCGUGUAAACAAACAUAUUA